AUGACAUAUAGUGAUAGUAAUGGCAAGGUAUCACCACCCCAUCCAUCAAAUGCAGAGUUAAAGAAACAACUGUUAGAAUCAUUACAAUGUCUAGAUGAAAAGUCUUUAACCUUAAAAAUUAAAUUGGACCAUAUCAAUAAAAUGGUAGAACUUAAGAAAUUUAUACCAGACUUAUCAAAAAUAGAUUUAAAUGAAUAUACCAUAUUUAAAAAGUAUACCUUUACCUAUUAUUUUAUAAAAUUUACAAAUUUAAGACAAUUUAUUGCACUGCCACCAAAAACAAUUAGAACAGCAGGUUUAAGAGCAAUUAGAUAUUAUUUAAGCAAUUCACAAUCAAUCAAAGAUUUAUUAGAAUUAAAAGUACACUUUUUUAUUACACGUUCAUUAGAACGUGAUAAACACAGUGAAUCAGAAAGAAUUCAAGCAUUAAAGAUUAUUAGAACCAUUAUGGAAAUUGAUUGUUCAUUAAUGCCACAUUGUUUUGUUAAAGCAUUGGUAGCUUUAUCUGAAAAUCAAGAGGAUGGAUUUUGUAGAGUUAGCUUAGAGUGCCUAACUGAAAUUUCAAUUCGUAAUCCACAAAUCUCAUCUCAUUGUGGUGGUAUUAGAACUAUUUUCGAUGCUGUUUUAGAUCCAUUCUAUCAAGGUAUCCAAGAAUCACUUUUAAUUUGUAUAUUAUAUUUAUUAUCUGAUAAAAAUACAAGAUGUUAUAUUAGACCAAAAUCUGAUUUAGAGAUUAUUUUAUCACCAUUAACAAAUUCAUUUAAUAUUGGUAUUAAAGUUAAAGGUGGAAACAAAGAAAAAGAAAAGGAAAAAGAAAAAGAAGAUGAAAUCGCAAUGAAGAGAUGGACUGCUAGCUCAAAAGCUGUUUUAACUUUAAUUAAAAGUUGGAUUGGAUUGAUUUCAUUAACAUCUGAUGAUCAAGGAUUAAAAUCAAUAGUUGAUUCAUUAAGAAUGCCUCAAAUUGAAUUACAGGAAAAAGGUUUAGAUUCAAUUUUUGAAAUUUUUAGAGUACAAUUACCAAAAAGUAUUUCCGAAACAUUUGGACCACAGAAACCAACCCAAACAUUCAAUUUUGGUUCAGAAACACUUCAAGAUUUACCAAGUCGUACAAGAUCAUUAAGACAUAAUUUAUUAAACAACUAUUUAUCAGUACUAUUAAUUGCAUUCAUUAAUAAUGGUCUCAUUGAAGGUUUAGUAUAUUUAGGCAAUUAUGUCAAUAGAGAUGGUAUUGAAUCUGAAAAAGAGCGUUCAAGAAACAUCUCAUUAAAGAGUACUGUUUUAUUAGCAGAGCUAUUACACAUGUCAAAUCAAUUGCUUCCCACCUCACAAUGUGCCAAACUUCAAACCCUUCCAUCAUUAGUUAAUAGUGCAAUCUCAUUUAGAUUAGAUCCACGUUUAAGAUCAUCCUCAAAUACCAUGGUAACAAAUCUUCACAGCUAUUCACACAAUAAAUCAACUACUACUCUUAUGGAUAGCACAUUAGCCAUUGGUUUAACUGGUGCCAACAAGUGGCGUCGUAUUAAAGGUCAGGAUCGUCGUUUAGAUAAAGUUGAUGAUGUCAAAAUGAAAAUGGAUUGGCAUAUGGAUGAAGCACAGUUUCAACAAAAGAUUAAAGAUACUCAAGUAUUGGUAACUAAGGAUUUUCAAAAGUGGAAUUGGGAACUUAUGUUUGAACUUUUAGAAGGUCCAUUAAAUAACCCACAACACUUGGCAGGUACUCUUAAGACCAAAUUCAUUAAAAGAAUGCUUAGUUUCCUUCGUCCAAAUAAAAAACUUUUUUCCACCAUGGCCUGGACUACUGAAAAUCUCAAAUAUGUCCGUACUGCCUGUGUUUGCUUGGAAGUAUUAAUCGCUCAUGAAAUUGGUUUUGAUUUCUUAAAGGAUAAUAAAACCAUCAUACAAAUUGCAGAUAUGUUAAAGCUCGAGUUGGAUUUCUCAACUGGUAAAAUCAAAGAAAAUGAUAAACAAAACAGCAAUCGUCUUUUAAAUCCAGAAAAAGUUUUAAAAACUAUGUCAAGAGAAUAUUUUACCAUGUUGGGUACUCUCAGUAGUAAUUUAUUGGGUUUGGAAAUUUUGGCAAGAAAUAACAUUUUCGAUUACAUCAAGCCAUUAGCAGAAUUACCAGGUCGUGAUGAUUUAUCACAUCUUAUUAUGACCAGUUUAGAUUAUAAUGUUAACGGGGCAUCUAGAACCAUUCUCCAAAAGAUUCUUACUUCAAACAGUCGUGUUGUACGUUAUUUAGCCACCAAAUAUCUUCGUUUCCUUUUAAGAUCUGGUGUACAAGAUUUUUCAAAUUGGGGUAUCGAGCUAUUGGUUCAACAAUUAAAUGAUACUGAUACCAAAGUAUCUGGUCUCUCAUUGAAUGUACUUGAUGAAGCAUGUGACGAUCAAUUAUGUUUAGAGGAAUUAAUCGACUUGAAGCCAAAUCUUUUGAAGCUUGGUAAACAAGGUAAAAGUUUAUUACUUAGAUUCCUUUCAAGUCCAAAAGGUUUGGAAAGUCUUUUACAAAACAACAACUUUGUCGAACAAGAAGAACAACUUUGGAUCAACAGUGAAAAUGCAGCAUAUGUCAUCGCAAUGGAAACUAAAACUGAAAAGGGUUGUCAAAUCAUUAAAAAAUCUGAUAACUUUAAUCGUUUCAUUCAGGUCCUUAAUGAUCCAUCUGCUAAACAAUUAGAUAAAAGAGCAGCAUUAAUUGCAAUUGGUCAUAUUGGUUCAAGCCAAGAUGGUUUUUCAGCUUUCAUUAAACAAGACUCCAACAACUCAAUUAUCAGUCUCUUAAUUGAUAUCUCUGAAAAGUCACCAUGUCUCUCUCUUCGUAGCACUUGUUUCUAUGCAUUGGGUAUGAUCUCUUGUAUCGAAGAAGCACAACCAAUUUUCAACCAAUUCGGUUGGGAAAGUCCUCAAGAUUUAAACUCACGUAUUCUCUUACCAAAAGAUUUUAAAAAGAGUUUAUUCCUCACUGUACCAACAUAUGACUAUUUAGGCUCUUGGGCUGAUCACUCAUUCGAAACUUUACCAGCAAAUUAUUUCAACGAUCCAAUUAAAAAUGAAAUCAUUACUUUUGUAGGUAACCUUUCAUCUCACAUCACUGCUGAAGGUGCUUCUAAAAAUUUAAAACGUUUAAAGGUCAAAUAUCCUGAUCAUUUUGCCUCUGGUGAAAUGUUACAUGCCGUCUUAAAUCUUUUAAAUACCUUUAAAUAUAGAUUAGGUGCAAGAAGAUUUAUUUAUGAUUUAUUCGAUAUUGCAAUUUUUUCAAGUUUAGAACCUUAUCACGAUUUAUAAAUGAAUAAUUUUUUUUCAACUCCAAAUUAAAUAUAAUAAUAAUUACAGCAACAAAAAGCAACACUUCAACAACAAUAAUAAUAAAUAACUUUAUAAUAUUGUAUUUUAUAAAAAACCAAAAAAUAAAAUUCUUUGUAUUUUAAUAUUAAAAAUAAAUAAAUUUUUUCCUUUAAAU